AUGCCUACGAAGGAAGAUAGCUCGGAGAAGGAGAAGUCUCUUGAUCUCUUUCUAAAGAUCGGCUUAGAUGAACGCACAGCUCGAAACACCAUUGCCAACAACAAAGUCACUACCAAUCUCACUGCUGUUAUCCACGAGGCUGGUGUUACCGACGGGUGCAGCCGAUCGGUUGGAAACCUUAUUUAUACGGUUGCAACCAAGUAUCCUGGAAAUGCUUUGCCGCAUCGCCCAACAUUACUGCAAUAUGUAGUUUCGUCCAAGGUGAAAACAACGGCACAGUUAGAUGCGGCACUAUCUUUUCUUGCUACUACCGGAAUUGAGAACCUUGAUUUGAAUAAAUUCGAAGAAGCAUGUGGUGUUGGUGUUGAGGUUUCAACAGAAGAUAUCAAGCAUGCUGUUAAUGAAGUUUUUGAGGAGAACAAGUCUUCAAUUCUGGAACUACGCUAUCGAACGAAUGUUGGUGAAUUACUUGGGCAUGUGCGGAAAAGACUCCCAUGGGCUGAUGCAAAAGCUGUGAAGCAACUCGUUGAUGCAAAAUUAUAUGAACUACUGGGUGACAAAACAGCAGCUGACAAUGAAAAACCUUCUAAAAAGAAGAAGGAGAAACCUGCUAAAGUAGAGGAUUCAGCAGCACCUGUUGCUACUCCUGAAAAGGCACUUGAAGAAGAUCUUAAUCCAUAUUUGAUAUUCCCUAAUCCAGAAGAAAAUUUGAAGGUGCAUACUGAAGUUCCUUUUAGUGAUGGUACUAUUCUGAGAUGUUGCAAUACGAAGGCGCUUCUUGAGAAGCACUUGAAAGUAACAGGUGGGAAAGUUUUGACCCGAUUCCCUCCUGAGCCAAAUGGAUAUUUGCAUAUUGGUCAUGCCAAGGCAAUGUUUAUUGAUUUUGGGCUGGCAAAAGACAGAGAUGGAGGUUGCUACCUGAGGUAUGAUGAUACAAAUCCUGAAGCAGAAAAGAAAGAGUAUAUUGAUCAUAUUGAAGAAAUUGUCCAGUGGAUGGGCUGGAAACCAUUCAAGAUUACUUACACAAGUAAUUAUUUCCAAGAAUUGUAUGAAUUAGCUGUGGAGCUCAUAAGAAAGGGUUGUGCUUAUGUUGAUCAUCAGACACCUGAUGAAAUAAAGGAAUAUAGGGAGAAGAAAUUGAACAGUCCCUGGAGAGACAGACCAGUUUCAGAAUCAUUGAAACUUUUUGAAGAUAUGAGAAGCGGUCUUAUAGAAGAAGGAAAAGCCACGCUUCGAAUGAAGCAAGACAUGCAGAGUGAUAAUUACAAUAUGUAUGACCUUAUUGCAUACCGAAUUAAGUUUACUCCACACCCUCAUGCUGGAGACAAAUGGUGUAUCUACCCAAGUUAUGAUUAUGCUCACUGCAUUGUGGAUUCACUUGAGAAUGUCACACAUUCACUGUGUACUCUUGAGUUUGAGACACGCCGUGCUUCAUACUAUUGGUUGUUACAUGCAUUAGGUAUUUACCAACCUUAUGUAUGGGAGUAUUCGAGGUUAAACAUUUCUAACACAGUUAUGUCAAAGCGCAAGCUUAAUCGUCUGGUUACUGAAAAGUGGGUUGAUGGAUGGGAUGAUCCUCGCCUGAUGACAUUAUCUGGUUUGCGGCGUAGAGGCAUGACUUCAACAGCAAUCAAUUCUUUUGUCCGGGGAAUUGGAAUCACUAGAAGUGAUGGCACUUUGAUAUCCGUGGGGCGCCUUGAACAUCAUGUUAGGGAAGAAAUGAACAAAACAGCUCCUCGGACAAUGGCUGUCCUACAUCCACUCAAGGUUGUUAUUACUAAUCUUGAAGCCAACUCAACAAUCGAGGUUGAUGGAAAAAAAUGGCCUGAUGCUCAAGCUGAUGAUCCAUCUGCUUUCUACAAGGUUCCGUUUUCCAAUGUUGUAUAUAUUGAACGCACAGAUUUCCGUAUGCAAGAUUCAAAAGAUUAUUAUGGCCUUGCUCCUGGUAAAUCUGUGAUACUCAGAUAUGCAUUUCCUAUAAAAUGCUCUGAAGUUAUUCUAGCUGAUGAUAAUGAGACUAUUCUUGAAAUUCGGGCCGAGUAUGAUCCUUCAAAGAAGACAAAGCCUAAGGGUGUUCUCCAUUGGGUUGCACAAACUUCUCCUGAAGUUGAUCCGUUCAAGAUCGAAGUCAGGCUGUUCGACAGGCUGUUCCUAUCAGAGAAUCCUGCUGAACUUGACAAUUGGCUUGGCGAUCUUAACCCUAAUUCUAAAGUGGUAAUUCCAAAUGCAUUUGGUUUGUCCUCUCUCCGGGAUGCAAAAGUUGGGGACAGUUUCCAGUUUGAAAGAUUAGGCUAUUUUACGGUCGACCAGGACUCUACUCCAGAAAAACUUGUUUUUAAUAGAACCGUCACCUUAAAGGACAGCUAUAGUAAGGGCGGAAAAUAG